AUCGGCCGGUCCCUCCCUCGCCCCCCGCCGCCAUGUGGCGCAGCAAGGCCGAGGUGGAGCGUUACAUCGCGUCGGUGCAGGGGGCCGCCCCCUCCCCCCGAGAGAAGUCAAUGAAAGGUUUCCUUUUCGCUAAGCUGUAUUAUGAAGCCAAAGAAUAUGACCUGGCUAAAAGGUACAUAUCGAAUUACCUUAACGUGCAAGAGCGCGAUCCCAAAGCCCACAAGUUCCUGGGCCAACUGUAUGAAGCGGAGGAAAACCUAGACAGAGCCGUCGGAUGCUACAAGCGUUCAGUGGAACUGAAUCCCACGCAAAAGGAUCUCGUCCUGAAGAUUGCAGAGCUGCUGUGUAAAAACGACCCGGCCGACGGAAGGGCGAAGUACUGGGUUGAGAGAGCUGCAAAGCUUUUCCCCGGAAAUACCUCGGUCUACAGAAUGAAGGAACAGCUUUUAGACUGUAAAGGUGAAGAUGGAUGGAAUCAGCUUUUCGACCUAAUCCAGUCGGAGCUGUACGUGAGACCCGACGAUGUGUACGUGAACAUCCGACUGAUCGAGCUGUAUCGGGCGGAUAAAAGGCUGAAGGAUGCCGUGGCUCAUUGCCAAGCGGCAGAGAAAAACACAUCGUUGCGAAGAAGCUUAGAAUGGAAUUCGUGCGUCGUUCACACACUUAAGGAGUAUCUGGAAUCUCUGCAGUGUCUGGAGUCCAAUAAAAGCAACUGGCGAGCAACUAAUAAAGAUCUACUCCUGGCUUACGCCAACCUCACACUGCUUACCCUUUCCACGAGGGAUGUGCAAGAAAGUCGGCGGUUACUGGAAAGUUUUGACACCGCCCUUCAGUCCGUGAAGUCCUUUGCGAGUGGGGCCGAUGAGCUCUCGAUCACCUUCUUGGAAAUGAGAGGUCACUUCUACAUGCACGCCGGGACUCUGCUCUUGAAAAUGGCCCAGCACAGCGAGGUGCAGUGGAGAGCGCUGGCCGAACUGGCAGCUCUGUGCUAUCUCGUAGCAUUUCAAGUUCCAAGACCAAAGACCAAACUCAUCAAGGGCAAUGAGGCGGGACAAGACUUGCUGGAAGCGAUGGCCUGUGAUCGGCUCAGCCAGUCAGGACAUAUGCUGCUGAACUUAAGUCGCGGCAAGCAAGAUUUCAUCAAGGAAGUCGUGGAAUCAUUUGCCAAUAAGAGCGGGCAGUCUGCUCUGUGUGACGUCCUGUUUAGCAGUCAGUCAUCGAAGGACGGGUCUUUCCUGGGCAGCGACGACAUCGGAAACGUCGGCGUGCAGGCCCCGGAUCCCUCCGAGCUGGCUAGAUAUGAUAUCGGUGCCAUUCGAACUCACAACGGCAGCCUCCAGCACCUCACUUGGCUCGGCUUACAGUGGAACUCCACGUCCACCAUGCCUGCGAUCCGCAAGUGGCUAAAGCAGCUCUUCCAUCACUUACCCCAGGAGACCUCGAGACUGGAAACCAACGUUCCCGAGUCAAUUUGUAUAUUAGAUCUGGAAGUGUUUCUGCUGGGAGUGGUGUUUACCGGCCAUUUACAACUGCGGGAGAAGUCGAGCUGUCAAUUCAGCGCGCACCAGCCUCCCUGCUUGCCCUUGCCCGUGUGUAAGCAGCUCUGUACGGAACGACAGAAGUCAUGGUGGGACGCCGUCGUCAGCCUCAUCCAGAGAAAAGCAACACCGGGAACUUCUGCAAAACUGCGCCUCCUGGUUCAACACGAAAUCAAUACCUUGAGAGGCUUGGGAAAGCACGGUCUCCAGCCAUCUUUGAUAAUACACUGGGCGAAAAAUCUGCAAAAAACAGGAAGCGCUCUCAAUUCCUUCUACGAUCAACGGGAAUACAUCGGACGGAGCGUUCACUACUGGAAGAAAGUACUGCCCCUGUUGAAGACAAUCAAAAAGAAGAACAGCAUUCCCGAACCCAUUGAUCCCCUGUUUAAGCAUUUUCACAGUGCAGAUAUCCAGGCCUCUGAAGCCGGAGACUAUGAAGAGGAGGCGUACAUAACAUUUGCCAUGUUGGAUGCAGUAGACGGGAAGACGGAGGACGCCAUGGUUGCCUUCGAAGCCAUUAAAAACGUCGCGGCGUAUUGGAAUCUGGCCCUGAUUUUCCACAGGAAAGCCGAAGACCUGGAGAACGACGCGCUCUCCCCGGAGGAGCAAGAAGAAUGCAAAAACUACUUGAGGAAGUGUAGAGACUACUUAAUCAGAAUUUCCGACGAAGCCUGUUCGGAUCCUUCCGUUGUCAAGAAGCUACCCGUGACGCUGGAGUCGGUGAAGGAGAUGCUGAACUCCGUAAUGCAUGAGCUCGAAUACGGCGGAGACCCUUUUUACAAGAGCGGCUCGUCUCCAAACGCGGAGUCCGAAAUCAAGCACUCCACCCCGUCUCCGACUAAAUACUCCCUCUCUCCGAAUAAAAGCUACAAGUUUUCUCCCAAGACACCGCCUCGCUGGGCAGAAGAUCAGAACUCUUUGCUGAAAAUGAUCUGCCAGCAAGUAGAAGCCAUUAAAAAAGAAAUGCACGAAUUGAAAUUAAACAGCAGCAACUCCACCGGUUCCCCUCACCGCUGGCCUGCGGACGGAUAUGGGACGGAAUCCGUGCCCGAUGGUUACCAGGGAACCCAAAAUUUUCACGGUGCCCCACUAACAGUUGCAACUACCGGGCCUUCAGGAUAUUACAAUCAGUCUCCGGCAUAUAAUUCCCAAUAUCUCCUGAGAACAGCCGCUAACGUAACACCCACAAAGGCUCCGGUGUACGGAAUGAAUAGGCUGACUCCGCAGCAGCACAUUUACGCCUACCCGCAGCAGGUGCACACUCCUCCUCAGCAGAACCCCCCCACGUGCAUGUUCUCCCAAGAGAUGUACGGCCCUCCGCUGCGGUUCGACUCCCCCGCGGCGGGCCUCCUGUCUCCCCGCGGGGAUGAGUACUUCAAUUACAACGCCCCCCCGGCGAACCCGAAUCCACCCCUGCCGGAGCCGGGCUACUUCACCAAGCCCUCGGCACCGCCCCCGCCCUCGAAGGCCGCCGACCCCAAGGUCGUAGAAUUCGGGAAGCCCAACUUCGGGAAGCCGGUGCCGGCCGAAGGGGCGAGGCAGCCCUCGGGCACGCCGGCGCCCUUCAAGUUCAACUCGAAUUUCAAAUCCAACGACGGCGACUUUACGUUUUCCUCUCCUCAGGCGGCGGCGGUCCCGCCGCCGCCGCCGCUCACUUCGACCUUUAACAACAGCGAGAGCCUCCUGGGGCUCUUGACGUCCGACAGGCCGCUGCAGGACGAUCGCUUCGGUGGGUCCAAGCCCGCUCCCUGCCAGGCGGCCGGGCAGAGGAACGCGUUCAGUUUCGGGAGCAAAACCAUCUCUGGCGUUCCGGGUCAACCCCAGCACCCCGUGUUCGGCAGGAGCGACGAGGGGUUCCCCUUCCAGGACCCCGGGAGAGCCAGAUUCGGCUCCCCUUCGGCGGAACCGGCCAGCAGGAGCCACGAGACGGACGUGGGGAGCGCCCACGGGGACGAGGACGACGACGGGCCCCACUUCGAGCCCGUGGUGCCGCUCCCCGACAAGAUCGAAGUCAAAACGGGCGAGGAAGACGAAGAGGAGUUCUUCUGCAAUCGAGCCAAGCUCUUCCGCUUCGACGCGGAAGCCAAGGAGUGGAAGGAGAGAGGGGUCGGGAAUGUGAAAAUCCUGAGGCACAAGACGUCCGGGAAGAUCCGCCUCCUCAUGAGAAGAGAGCAGGUCCUGAAGAUCUGCGCCAAUCACUACAUCAACACGGACAUGAAGCUGACCCCGAACACCGGGUCGGACAAAUCGUUCGUCUGGCACGCCCUCGAUUACGCGGACGAGUCACCGAAACCCGAACAGCUCGCCAUCCGGUUCAAAACGCCCGAGGAAGCCGUGCUUUUCAAGCUCAAGUUCGAAGAGGCUCAGAGUAUUCUGAGGGGCUCGGGACCGGCGGCCUGCCCGAGCCAGAGCGUCGGGACGUCUAAAGAGACGACGGGCCAGGGGGACGAGGAUCCCGGCAAACCCGCCGCCGGGAAUGCCAGCUUCGGAUUCCUGGCCCCAAAGAAAGAAGGAACGUGGGAUUGUGACCGUUGCGCGGCGAAGAACGCGCCCACGGCCAAGAGGUGCGUCUCCUGUCAAAAUGUAAAUCCGAGUGACAAGGAACUGCUGGUUCCCCCGUUCGGUGAAACCCCGACAACUUUGAAACAAAACAGAGAUAGCCCUCGGGAUGGAUUUGGAUCCUUAUUUCCCAAGAAAGAAGGUCACUGGGAUUGCGGCGUCUGUUUAGUGAGAAACGAACCUCUGGCCUCCAGGUGCGUUGCUUGCCAGAAUACCCGCCCCGGCAGCGCAAACGUCCCUCCUUUCGGUCAACAGGCCUCCUUCAAAUUUGGCCAGGGCAAUUUGCCCAAGCCCGUUCCCAGCGAUUUCGGAACCCUGUUUCCCAAGAAGGAAGGGCAGUGGGAUUGUAGCGUCUGCCUGGUCCGGAACGAAGCCAGCGCCUCGAAAUGCGCCGCGUGCCAGAAUCCAGAUUCCCAGAGCCGGCCCACCUUCGCUUCCCGAGCCCCUCCCGCCCCGAAGUUCGGUUUUCCGGAGCCCGGCAAGGCCGCCCAGGGCGGUUUUGACAAGAUGUUUGCUAAAAAGGAAGGGGAGUGGGACUGCAGCGCGUGCCUGGUCCGGAACGAAGCCGGCGCCUCGAAAUGCGCCGCGUGCCAGAAUCCCAAUUCCCAGAACCAGCCCACCUAUCCCGCUCCGGCUCCUCCUGCUCCGAGGUUCGGUCCUCCGGAGGCCGGCCAGGCCGCCCAGGGUAGUUUUGACAAAAUGUUCGCCAAAAAGGAAGGGCAGUGGGAUUGCCAAGUGUGUCUGGUCCGGAACGAAGCCGGCGCCUCGAAGUGCGUGGCGUGCCAGAGUCCGGCUUCGCAGAGCCAGCCUACCUGUGCCGCUCCGGCUCCUCCCGCUCCCAAGUUCGGUCCUCCGGAGGCCGGCAAGCCUCCCCAGGGUGGUUUUGACGGACUGUUUGCUAAAAAGGAAGGACAGUGGGACUGCAGCGUGUGCUUAGUACGAAACGAGAACGCCUCCUCAAAAUGCGUGGCCUGCGAAACGCCAAAUCCAGCCGGCAAACCCGAAGCGGUUUCGGCUUUCACGUUCGGCAUCAAGAGUAAGUCACCGGAACCUCCCGGAAGCCAGGCGGCACCGGGAUUUAAAUUCGGCCAGACGGUGCAGGGUUUUAAAUUUGGCCUCGCGGAGCAAGGUGUGAAAUUCGGCCCGGCGGAGCAGGGAAGCUCCCCGGCUUCUUUCACGUUUCAGCUUCCCCCCGGCACGGAAGCGGGGGCCGCCGCCCCGGAAGGAUUUAGCUUUUCGAAGCCGGUGCCCGCCGGCAGAUUCAAGUUUGGCAUCCGGGAGCCGAAGGAGCAGGAAAAGAAGAACGAGCCCCCCGCCGCGGGCGAAACGGGCCCCCAGCCCCGAGACCCCAGUAAGAAGCAAGGCAGUAGCGACUCGGUUUUCGGCCAGAGCAGCGGCACCUUUUCUUUCGCCGAUCUCGCGAAGACUUCUUCGGGCGAUGGAUUUCAGUUUGGCCAGAAGGAUCCCGACUUCAAGGGAUUUUCGGGGGCAGGCGAGAAACUGUUCUCAUCCCAGAGCGGGCCGGGGGCGGCUCAGGCGGCCGACGCCUCGGCCGACUCCGAGAAGGACGACGACGCGUAUAAGACGGAGGAGAGCGACGACAUCCACUUCGAGCCCGUGGUGCAGAUGCCCGAGAAAGUGGAGCUCGUUACGGGCGAGGAGGACGAGAAAGCGCUCUACUCCCAGCGGGUGAAGUUAUUUAGGUUCGACGCGGAGAUAAGUCAGUGGAAGGAGCGGGGCCUAGGGAACCUAAAAAUCCUGAGAAACGAAGUCAACGGCAAGCUGCGGAUGCUGAUGCGGCGGGAGCAGGUCCUGAAGGUGUGCGCCAACCAUUGGAUAACGACGACGAUGAACCUCAAGCCCCUGUCCGGCUCCGACCGGGCGUGGAUGUGGCUGGCCAGCGACUUCUCCGAUGGCGACGCCAAGCUGGAGCAGCUGGCCGCCAGGUUCAAGACCCCCGAGCUGGCCGAGGAGUUCAAGCAGAAGUUCGAAGAGUGCCAGCGACUCCUGCUCGAUAUACCGCUGCAGACUCCCCACAAGCUGGUGGACACGGGCCGAGCGGCCAAGCUGAUCCAGAGGGCCGAAGAGAUGAAGAGCGGGCUGAAGAACCUCAAGACGUUCCUGACCAACGACCGGACGAAGCUCGGCGAGGGGGAGGCCAAGAGCUCGGGCCCGCUCGCCGGCCCCCCCGAGUCGGUGAUCAAGGCGCACCCGGAGGUCACCGGGCCGGCCCCGGAGUGGGGUGACUACGACCCGCGGGACGACGCCUUGGACGACGGCAUAAGCGGCGGUUCGGUUUACGCCUCCCCGGUGGCCAGCAGCCCCGUGCGGAAGAACCUCUUCCGCUUCGGGGAGUCCACGGCGGGCUUUAAUUUCAGUUUCAAGUCCGCCCUGAGCCCCUCGAAGUCUCCCGCCAAACUGAAUCAGAGCGGGGCCUCCGCCGGCACCGACGAGGAGCCCGACGUCACUCAGGAGGAGGAGAAGGACGGCCAGUACUUCGAGCCCGUCGUGCCGUUGCCCGACCUGGUGGAGGUGUCCAGCGGGGAGGAGAACGAGCAGGUCGUCUUCAGUCACCGGGCCAAGCUGUACCGGUACGACAAGGACGCCGGGCAGUGGAAAGAGCGGGGAAUCGGGGAUAUCAAGAUCUUGCAGAGCUACGAGAGCAAGGGCGCGCGCGUGGUCAUGAGACGGGACCAGGUGCUGAAGCUCUGCGCCAACCACCGAAUAACCCCGGACAUGACCUUGCAGAGGAUGAAGGGGGCCGAGAGGGCCUGGGUGUGGACCGCCUGCGAUUUCGCGGAAGGGGAGAGGAAAGUCGAGUACCUCGCGGUGCGGUUCAAGCUGCAGGACGUCGCCGACUCGUUCGGGCAGGCUUUCGACGAGGCCAAGCGGGCCCACGAGACGCGGACUCUCAUGAGUCCCCGCCUCGCCCGGGCCCCGGCUCCCCGGGAGGCCCCGUGCGGCGGAGCGGCGGUGGCCGUGUUGGAAGAAACGACGAGGGACAGGACCGACCUCGGCCGGAGCGAGGAGGCCGCGCCGGAGGCCGCGCCGGAGGCCGCGGAGGCCGCGGGCCCUCCCGAGACGCCGGCCAAAGCCGUCGUCUCGCCUCCCAAGUUCGUGUUCGGCUCCGAGUCGGUCAAGAGCAUUUUCGGCAGCGAGCAGUCCAAGCCGUUUACCUUCGGGAACAACUCCGCCACGGGGUCCCUGUUCGGAUUCAGCUUCAACACGCCGCCCAGGAGCGACGGAGAUAUUUCGGAGUCCCAGAGCGGGAGGAAAAGGGAAGUGGAGUCCCAAGGGCCGUCCGUCAUCAGAGCGUCUCCGAGUGACAGUCCCAAGCCGAGCCCCUCAACUCAUUUCGCAUUCAAAACACUAGAAAAGGAUGAGGCGACGGAGGAAGAAGAAGAAGAGCGUCCUUCCGACGACGUCGUCAUCGUGUACGAGCUAAAGCCUACGCCCGAGCAGAAAGCCCUUGCAGACGAUCUGCGGCUCCCGGCGACCUUCUUCUGCUACAAGAACAAGCCGGGUUACUUCAGCGAGGAAGACGACGACGACGACGAAGAUUUUGAAAUGGCGGUCAGGAAACUCAAUGGAAAGCUCUAUCCGGACGAUCCAAGAAAAAGUAAGGUGUCCCAAGAGGCUGUGGCAGGCCGUGGCCAAGCGAGUCCCGAGAGCGAGAAAGACUGCGUUAUCGUCUGGGAGAAGAAGCCGACACCCGAGGAGAAGGCGAAAGCGGAAACGCUACAACUCCCUCCCACCUUCUUCUGUGGUGUUGGCAGCGACACCGACGACGACACCGACCAUCUCGAAGACUUCCAGACGGAAUUUCGGAAAGCGCAGGGAGCCGAGAAACCUCAAGAUGAGACAGUCUCCAGCUCGACUGAUGCAGCGUCCAACAUUGAGAAUCAAAUACCCGCCGCAUUCGUCCGUAAGUCCGGCGAACUCGACUCGACCACCGAGUGUGAGUUAGCCCAGCCGUCGUCCUCUGGAGCGGAUGACAAACCUGUGGAUCUGUCAACCAGAAGAGAGACCGAAGCCGAUCCCGUAAGCCAAGUGCCGGAGAACCGGACCGUCUCGUUUGGAUUCGGGACCAGCGCUGGGCUGUCCUUUGCGGAUUUGGCUUCCAAAAAUUCUGGGGACUUCGCUUUUGGUUCAAAAGAUAAAAACUUCCAAUGGGCAAAUACCGGAGCAACUGUAUUUGGGGUGCAGGCGGUCGGCAAAGGCGACGACGAUGACGACGGAAGUGACGAAGAAGUCGUGCACAGUGACGACAUCCACUUCGAACCGAUAGUGUCCUUACCAGAGGUGGAAGUAAAAUCGGGCGAAGAAGACGAGGAGAUCCUGUUCAAGGAGCGGGCCAAGCUCUACCGGUGGGACCGAGACGUCGGCCAGUGGAAGGAGAGAGGCGUCGGGGAGCUGAAGAUCCUUUUCCACACCCUGAAGAAGUACUACAGGAUCCUGAUGAGACGCGACCAAGUCCUGAAAGUCUGCGCAAACCACGUCAUUACCAAGGCCAUGGAACUGAAGCCCCUGAACACCUCGAACAACGCGCUGGUUUGGACGGCCUCCGACUACGCAGAUGGGGAACCGAAAGUGGAGCAGCUCGCGGUGCGGUUUAAAACCCAGGAGAUGGCCGACUCCUUCAAGAGGCGCUUCGGAGAGUGUCAAGGAAACCUGUCCGAGCUCCAGAAGGGACAGGCGUCCUUGGCCGAGGAGCUGUCGAGGGCCACCAACCCCGUGGUGUUCUUCGACGUCUGCGCCGACGACGAGCCGCUGGGACGGAUAACCAUGGAACUGUUCUCCAAUGUCGUCCCUCAGACGGCCGAGAACUUCAGAGCCCUGUGUACGGGAGAGAAGGGCUUCGGGUUCAGGAAUUCCAUCUUUCACAGAGUAGUGCCGGACUUCGUGUGCCAGGGAGGAGACAUCACCAAGCAGGACGGGAGCGGAGGGCGGUCCAUUUACGGGAGGCCGUUCGAAGACGAGAACUUCGACGUGAGGCACACCAGCCCCGGCCUGCUGUCCAUGGCGAACCGCGGCCGGGACACCAACAAUUCCCAGUUCUUCAUCACCCUGAAGAAAGCCGAGCACCUGGACUUCAAGCACGUGGUCUUUGGGUUCGUUAAGGAAGGUAUGGAGACCGUGAGAAAGGUGGAAUCGUUUGGCUCUCCCAAAGGGGCGGUGAGCAGGAGAAUCACCAUCACCGACUGCGGGCAGAUUUAAAACAAAACAAAACAAAAAACCCGACCACCCUCCCGUCAAAACCGUUAAAUUGAAGCUUAGCUGUCCUGGCCGGUAAUGGUAAUUACGUUCGGCUUUUUUUUUUUUUUUUUGAAAAAAAAAAUGGACAUUCCCGAUGUAUAAAUGUACAAUUGCAGCUUAUAGCUGCCGUCACUUUUUUAAUGUGUUAUAAUUGACUCUGCACGGCGUGUUAGAAAUAAAGCUUUCUUAAGCACCGGUGUGUUUCAGGCGUGCUUGUCGACGUCCUCCUGACAGCUCUUUGCAUUGAAAUAUUAAAAUAGGGAAAACAGA